AUGGAUGUUGCAUCGAAUAAGUGUUCUGUUGAGGGGUGUGGGAAGUCCUUUAAGAGAAAAGACAGGCUCGCUACACACAUUAGAACACACACAGGAGAACGCCCAUUUCUGUGUCAUUAUGAUGGAUGUUCAAGUUCUUAUACAAGGCAGCAUCACCUCACAAGACACAUUGACAGGUCUCAUACACCUGGCUUUAAAAACACAAUUAAAAUCAAAUGCCCAAGCUGCAGUCUGGAAUUAGCCAACUCUGAUUGCCUUAAAAAACACAUGAAAUGUCAUGAGGCACACAAACCAUACAAGUGCACUGAAGAAGGAUGCAAUGAAAGUUUUUACAAGAAAAAACAACUAGUUAUCCAUAAGCAAAAACAGCACUCAGAUCAUCUUAUCCAGGCCAGAAAAUGUUACCCCUGCCCCCAUGAAGGAUGUAGAAAGUCUUUCCCUUUUCCAAGACAAUUGAAGCAUCAUAUGAAAGUUCAUCAAGGAUAUGCAUGCAGUGUUGAAGGCUGUGCUCAAAUACUACCCAACUGGUCGGCACUAAGGAAGCACAGAGCCGUGGAUCAUGCACCAACUCAUUCAUGUACCGUUUGCCGAGCUGUAUUUAAACAGAAGUCAAACUGGAAGCAGCACAUCAAGAUACAUUCUGUCUCGCAGAAACCAAUUGCAUGUCCACGGGAAAACUGUGGUCGUCUGUAUCUGUACAAGAAAAAUUUGACUCAGCAUAUAAGAGCGUUUCAUAAUGGAGAGGCCGUUUUUAAAAAAAGACCAUGCAAAAAGCAAAUAACAAGUGUAAAGCAGAAGCAGAAAGUGUCCCACAGAAAAUCAUUGACUGCUCGACUGUGUGGAAUUGAUAAAGAUAAAGAAGUAGUAAAAUCGAGUGUUGACUUACUGCAACGUGAAGAAUCAAAUGAAAACCUACAGAAUUCCACAGCAACAUUUGUGUCAGAUAGUGGUGCCUCCAUCACAUGUACCUCAGGCGAUUCUGGUGAUAUCACAUCUACUCCUGCCAGAUCAUGUGCAGAUACCGUAUGUACAGAAACCUUGGCAGACUGCAACAAGAAUGUCUUACCAAGCUCCAGCUUAAUCAGAAUACAGUAG